AUGAAGUGGCUUGUGCUCCUUGGGCUGGUGGCCCUCUCAGAGUGCAUAGUCAUAAUCCCUAUAACGAAGAUGAAGUCCUUGCAAAGAAUCCUCAUGGAAAAUAACUUGCUGAGAAGUUUUCCGGAGCCACAAUCUUAUACCCUGUCCCAGAAGUUGACUCUUGACCAGAAUUUCUCAUCUCAUCCCCCAAAGAACCUCAUGGACGCGAGUGCAUUGGGAGAAUGCAUCACCACUGCAACACCACCUCAAGAGUUCCAGGUCAUCAAUGACACCAGCUCGUCUGACCUGUGGGUGGCCUCUGUCUACUGCCGAAGUCCCUCCUGCUCUGCAUACCAGACAUAUGACCCCAAGAUGUCCACCACCUUCCAAUGCAAGUGGAGGAAAUUCAACCUCUACUGUGGCUUUGCAAAGAUAACAGGAGUUCUUGCCAGUGAAACUGUUCAGCCCAGCCUCACUUCCCAACCCUUUAUGUGGGAACACUCUCCUGUCUCACAAAUAGGGACAGCUGAUGCCAAGAACCAGACAUUUGGCCUGACCAAGAAUAAGAUUGGUGGGUUCCUGGAAAAUUCACCUUAUGAUGGCGUCCUUGGCUUGGCGUUCCCCAGCCUCGCCAGGCGUGAAGCCACCCCUCUCUUUGACAACGUGAAGAGACAAGGAGUCAUUUCUGAACCUGUCUUUGCCUUGUUCAUGAGCAGCUGGCCGCAGAAGAGCAGCUUGCUGAUGCUUGGUGGGGUGGACCACGCCUACCACAAGGGAGCUCUCAAGUGGGUACCGGUGACCCAAGCCCGCGUAUGGCAGAUAACCAUGGACCGCAUCUCCAUAAACAAAAUGGUGGUUGCUUGUUCUCACGGAUGUCAGGCUAUUGUGGACAGUGGGAGCUCAGUGCUGGCUGGCCCAACUCAAGUGGUCCACAACAUCUUCAAACACAUCAACCCCAAUCCCAAAGAGAAAAACCAGGCAAAGGGUCAUGCCACAGGAUCAUUCUUGGGCUCCCCACACACCAAGGAUCACCUGGGCCAACCUCUCUCCUGCUUUCUUUUACAGCAGUUGAUUUCAUGUGAUCAGGCCAAGACCCUGCCUCCUAUUAACUUCACUAUCAAUGGCAUGCACUUCCCAGUGUCCCCUAAAUACUACAUCCAGAAGGUUUUUGAGGACAUCUGCUUUGUCAGCUUUCAAGGGGGCACAGAAUACAUGAGCCCCUCAGACACCUGGAUCCUGGGUGACAUCUUCCUGAAAGCAUAUUUCACAGUUUUCGAUCGGGGAAACUAUAGGAUCGGCCUGGCUCCCUCAGUGUAA